GAAGAAUUUAUAGAAUGUCUGAGGAUGCCGAAUAGAGUUAUAGACUUAAUGAGAUAAUUUGGGCGAAAGUCUUAGGCUGUAAGUAUAAUAUAAUUCUUUAGAUCCAUGGUGGCCUGCAAAAGUAAUUAUACAAUAAUCAUCAUAUAGAUUGCUUCAAUUACUAAUAUCAAGGGCAAGAAUGGAUAAAUUUGCUUAUACAGGGUGAAUUUCAUUGGAGACACUUCGCAGUAUCAUUUAUAUUUAGCAUUAUAGCGCCUUAUUGGGAUUUGAUAAAUUAAAGAAAUGGAAUCCUAAACCAAUACAAUAAGAAACUAAAAAGUUAAAAGAAUCAAUAGAUUUAGCUAAAAAAUUGAUUGAAGGACUUGAAAAGUCUUAAGAAAUUGAAUUAGGCAAUUUAAAUGAGCAUAUUUUAAAGGAUUUUACUAUCAAGCUAAAUGAUCUUGUCUUUAAAUAAAAAUCUAUUUAAGAUGUAAAUCCAUUGUAAUUAACCCAUAGAUUAUUCAAGUCUUAAAUCUAAUAAGCAAUAAUGAAAAAUUAUCUAUUGUAAAACUAAAUUUAGGAUAAUAAUAUUUUGAAUUGUAUUAAGUCUUAAAAUAUGGAAAAGUAGAGAAUCCUCUUUAAAAUACUUAAGAUUUUAUUGAUUAGUUGAAAGAAACCAUUGGUUUUUAAAAAUAGCAUGAUUUUUUGUCUAUUUAAAAAAAAUAAGAAAAGCCCACUCCAAACAGUGAUGACACAAAGGAAAUCACUGAUUCUCCUAUAAAGAAAAAGAAAAUUGAAGAAAUCUCUAAAGAUACACUUUGUAAUUAACAUUGAUUUUUUAUAUUAAUUAUUUCUACG